GAGCCUAACACCAACUUGUAACUAAAAAAUUAAAAAGUUGUAAUUUUACUUAAUGUUAAGAUAAAAGUGUACACAUUUGAAAUUAAGCGUGCGUUCUUGCGGCACUUUUUGCAAUCCAAUUCGCAAAGAUCAAAAUGGAGUACAGCCACAGCCACGAAACUCGAAAAUCAAUAAUACAGAAAAUUAAACUUAUUUGCUAUUUUGGCAUAUUCGUUUUCAUUGUCGUUGUUGCAGCUUAGGAAAUAGUUUAAAAUUAUGUCCAAACGCAGCGCCGACGAUGCCAGCGGCGCCGGCAGCGGCAGCAGCAGCUGUUUGGUAGCUGCAGCGGCCGCUGGCCAGCCGCCCAUCAAGAAGGUGCACUUCGAGCCGCAUCUAAUUGGGCCCGUCUCGACAUUGGAGGAGAUGGACAUCAAGGUGCUCGAAUUUCAAAAUAAAAAGCUAGCCCAGCGAAUUGAGCAACGCAUGCGUUGCGAGGCGGAGCUGAGGCAUCGUAUUGAGCAACUGGAGAAGCGGCAGACGCAGGACGAUGCGGUGCUCAAUGUGGUAAAUCGAUAUUGGAAUCAACUGAACGAGGACAUUCGGGUGCUGCUGCAGCGAUUCGAUGCCGAGACGGCGGAUGAGCUGGAGAACAAGAACGAGAACGAGGUGACCACUUCUUUUCUCACGCAGCUGUCCACCUGGGAUAAGGAGGAGCUUGACGAGAAGUUGGCCAAUCGUGUGCAAGUCUCAAAGCGUGCAGUAGCCAAAAUUGUACAGGUUAUUGAUAGGUUAAUGCAACGUAACGAAAAGAUAACGCAUGUAUUGAGAGGUGAUGCUCUAGGCGGUGCCGGCAGCACAGCUGGCACGGCAGCUGGAGACGAUGAACAGCAAAAGGCCGCUGCGGCUGGAGAUGCUGUGGAUGCAGCUAGUGUGUCAGCCGGCGUGCAUGCGCUUGAGGAGACACUGAAGAAAACGCACAUUGAGAUUAUGACAGAGAAUCGGAAUCUUCAGAAUCUGAAUACAUCGCUGCAUGAGAAGUUUCAUACCAUGUCGCUGAAAAUGAAGGAAUACCAGGAUGCGCUCACCGCCAAAGAGACGGAGAAUGCCGAGCUCAAGAAUCAAAUCGAUGAGCUGCAAUACGAUCUGGAGAAGAUACACUGUCGAAACGACAAGCUGGAGAAUCAUUUAGCCGAGGCCAUUGAGAAGCUGAAGGCCUAUCAUCAAAUCUAUGGCGAUCCCAAUAAGAGCACCAAUAGCACCAAAACGCCCAACACAAGCAGCGGCUCCAUUACUGGCGGCAGUACUACAACAACAAAUGUUAAUAGUCAACACUUAGAAGAACUGCAAAAGGAGCUAGAAGAGCAUCGGGAGCUGGCCAACAAUCGGCUGCAGGAGCUGGACAAGCUGCAUGCCACGCAUCGCGAGACGCUUAAGGAAGUGGAAAAGCUUAAGAUGGAUAUACGGCAGCUGCCAGAGUCAGUGAUUGUGGAGACCACGGAGUACAAGUGUCUGCAGUCGCAGUUCUCAGUGCUUUACAACGAGUCCAUGCAGAUCAAGACCAUGUUGGAUGAAACGCGAAAUCAACUGCAGACAAGCAAAAAUCAGCAUUUGCGCCAGAUUGAGGUGAUGGAAAGCGAGGAGCUGAUUGCCCAGAAGAAAGUGCGUAGCGAAAUGAUACAAAUGGAGGAUGUCCUUGCACUUAUACGGAAGGAGUAUGAGGCGUUGCGCAUAGAGUUUGAACAAAACAUGGCCGCCAAUGAGCAGACGGCGCCUAUCAAUCGCGAAAUGCGACACUUGAUUACAUCGCUACAGAACCAUAAUGGGCAGCUAAAAGGCGAAGUGCAACGCUAUAAGCGCAAGUACAAGGACCUCUCAACAGAUAAUUUAAAGCUGCGCAAGGAACUCGACGAGGCGCUAGUCACAAUCGAGACCAACAAACAGGAGCAGCUGUCAGCGGCAGCUGCAGCGGCCGCAAGCGAAGCAAUCAAACAGGAAUCAGCAGGCUAUGUGAAGGAGGAGCAUUCCAGCAGUACCGCCGCUGGUGUCAACUGCUCGAGUAAUGCGGGCAACACCAGCAGUGACUGCAAUAUGUCCAUCAAAGAGGAGAACUCAGUUUGUGCAGAAGAUGAGCUGGAUGAUGAAGCGGCUGGCAAGGAUGCAAAAGAUCCAGCCAUAAAGCAGGAGAAGCUCUGCGCCAACGAUGUUGUCAACGCCGAAAAGAAAGACUCACCUGGACCUGCGAAUGCGACGACGUCAGCAGCCGCAGCGGCAAGCACUUCAAAUUCUGUCAAAAGCGAAAGGGAUUCAAAGGAUGGUAUUAAAUCUAAAGAGUUAAAAGCCUUAGAGAGUGAAGCUGUGCGGGAGCUGAAGGCGCAACUGAAAAAAGCGUUGAAUGAUCAGAAGGAAAUGAAGCUAUUGCUGGACAUGUACAAAGGAGUUUCGAAGGAUCAACGGGACAAAGUGCAGUUGAUGGCCACGGAGAAGAAGCUGCGCUCGGAGAUUGAGGAGCUGCGGCAACAGCUCAAAAAGCUGCAGGAGAGCAAGCGAGAGGAGCGCAAAAAGCUGGCCGACGAAGAGGCCUUGCGCAAGAUCAAGCAGCUGGAGGAGCAAAAGUAUGAAUUGCAGAAGCAGGUGGCCAAUCACAAGCCCAACGACAGUUCGUGGGGUGCUGCGCCUGGAGGCAGCGGUCGACCAUUUGUGGGCUCGCAUGAGGAGGAGGCGCUGCUGAAUGAAAUGGAGGUCACUGGUCAAGCAUUUGAGGACAUGCAGGAGCAGAACUCCAGGCUCAUACAGCAGUUACGUGAGAAGGACGACGCUAAUUUUAAGCUCAUGUCAGAGCGGAUAAAGGCCAAUCAACUGCACAAACUAUUACGUGAGGAGAAGACGGUGCUGGAGGAUCAAAUGGCCACAGCGACCACGCAGAUCGAAGCCAUGCACAUUGUGCUGCGCAAACUGGAAGAAAAAGAGCGCAGCCUGCAAGCCACGGUGGCAUCUAUUGAAAAGGAGCUUAUGCUGCGGCAGCAGGCCAUGGAGAUGCACAAGCGCAAGGCUAUUGAAUCGGCACAGUCGGCAGCGGAUCUCAAGUUACAUCUUGAAAAGUAUCAUGCGCAAAUGAAGGAGGCGCAACAAGUGGUGGCGGAGAAAACCAGCUCACUGGAGGCGGAGGCGUACAAGACGAAGCGACUGCAGGAGGAGCUGGCGCAGUUCAAACGCAAGGCGGAACGCAUGAAGAAGAUGGAGAUGUCUGGCACCACCAUCGAUGAGGUGAUGAUAGAGGAGAUACGCGAGUACAAGGAGACGCUCACGUGUCCGUCAUGCAAGGUGAAGCGAAAGGACGCAGUGCUCUCCAAGUGCUUCCAUGUAUUCUGCUACGAUUGCCUGCGAACGCGAUACGAGACGCGACAGCGCAAGUGCCCCAAAUGCAACUGCGCCUUUGGCGCCAACGACUACCAUAGGUUAUACCUGCAGUAGACAGACAGAAUGCAUUAUACUACGAUCCUUGAUCAUAGCGAGCCGAGAGCUAAUCCAUUAUGAGCAUAUUAUCUAUGUAAUAUUAAUAUAUAUAUAUAUUUGUUUUUAAGAAUCGCAACCGCGUGGCUAUCCUUAAAUCCCUUGUAUAUCUUGUGGCAACCAUUUAAAUAACUUUCAUUACGGCCGCCCCAAGCAUCUCAUAUUAAGUUCCGCGAGACGUUCUACCGGGUUUUUUAUGUAGCUUCUAGAUGAAAACUAACUCCUACAAAACACACUAAUAAAUGUCUAAAAAAUUAUUUUCAAUUUAAAA